AUGGCGACAGUUGCACAACUUGCAACGCGCACCGCCCACCCCGCAGUCCAGUGUAAGCUCAAGUGUGGAAAGCUCGACGCCUCCUCCAUGCUAGCGAGUUUGGCCGCCACGACGAAAACGUUUGUCGACAAGAACUGCCCGUGGCGUACGGAACCGUAUCCGUUCGUCUCCGUACAGUUCGCUGACGACAAACUGGGCUAUUCUUGGACCAAUCGAGUGGUGGCGCCGGCAACUACGCAUACGUGGGACGGAAAAACAGCCAAGAUGGCGUUCUGGAACCAAUCCCCUCUUCGUGCUGUCAAGGCCGGCAAAAUCAACACUCUCGACUCGGGCGAUGACGACGAAAACGACUGGACGAUCCCGACUACAGCGAAAACGACGCCCUGUCGGACCAAUUGGACACGCAAAAUCGACGCCGAACUUCACGACACGGACGAGUGA